CGGCGGUGACCCGCGAUCUGUCCGGCAGCAGCAGCGACAGCGUGCAGAUCGUCUCCACCAAACGCCCCCUGCCCGCCUCCUCCCCGGCCUCCUCCCUCUCCCCGCCCGCGGCGGCCGCGGUCCCGCCGCGCAAGAAAUGCCGCGUGCCCUGGCGCCAGAAGCGGAUGGGCCCCUCCGACACGGCGGAGAUUGAUCUGUACGGCAACCGGCCGUCCGACUACCGGAUGGGCAGCUCGCAGACCAUCGUCCUGCACGCGUCUGAUUCGGAAUCUGAGCCGGAGAAUGCGGCGGAGGGCAGCGGGUCCGGGAGUGGGGAUGGGAAGGAGCCAAAGGGGUUUGUCAGUCCCCCGGCGUCGCAGCGCAAGCGGCCCCUGCAGACCAAUACCUGCAAAGUCUGCCAGCGGUAUUGGCGCAACGAAGACGAGCGUUUGCCGGGCCAGUUGGCGACGAAGCACGUGGCCUCCUGCAAGAUCCACGGCAACAAGCGCCGACCGCCCAACACGCCGGAGAACUUUUGGAAGCAGGCGCAGUUGACGCCGCCCAAGAAUCCCGUCAAACCGCCCGUCUACGAGUACGAGAAGCGCCAAUACCGCAAACGCAACUCCUGAACGCUGAUUUCUGCAUGGCACUGUUUUCGACAGUAUUACUAACCUUUUUGCUCAAACCACUGGAUCGUUGAUUUCUCCUGCAUUUUUUUUAUUUUACUGGUAUUUUCUCGCGUCGUUUGUUUUGAUUCUGAUCCGUAGAAACUGGACAGUUGUUGGUGAUUUUAUCGGGGAAGUGGGCGCGGCUUAAUCCGCAGUAGUAAUAAUUAAUUGCCAUUUAAUAUAAAUUAAUUAUUAUUGGUAGUAAAUUAUGGAAAUUUUAUUCGGAAAUUUAUUGCUGCGUUAUUCAUGUUGUUUUCUGGGAUAUUGGAUAUAAUAACGACGAAACUGGUGGAUGGUUACGGAUUUUUAUU